AUGGAGUUUGAGUCAGCGAUAAAAAUGCAUUACCCAUAUCUUGCAUCUGUUAUCUUCGAUGACAAUGUCACCUUAAAAGAUGUUCAUCCUUCUCUUACCGAUGAUGCUUCAUUUGUCCAAAAUGUGCAUCAUAAACCUUUCCAUGCUAAUCUCGAUAGGUCACAUGUACCGUCGAUCAUAAACUCUGAUCUUUGUCACCAAAAUCCAAUAUUGAAGAUCUCAAACGCUACUUCCGAUCAUAUUCCAAAUCUAAACAUUUCCCCUCGUCACUAUGAUAUGCAGCCUCACACAUUCGAUUCAGUUUCAAAAUAUAUCUUUAACGGUAUCACUUCUUCUCCAUGUACUGAAGCUUUUGAGGCAUAUCUUCGUGGCAUAUCCAGCGACCAAGAUCUCUUCAACAUGGCUUGUAACACAUCGCACCCUGUUGAAUCCAAUGAUUUACCCAACAUUUCACAUGUCCCAAUCGACAAUACUAUGUGGGAUAAUAAUCGAAAUCAAGGGAUAAUCUUUGGGACAGAGUCGAUCUUCAAUCUGGCCAUGGUUGACUCAUAUGGUGCGCCUAAACCAAUAUGUAUAUUGGGCGCAAACGAUGACACCACCAUGAAUCAACAUCAAAAUAAUCAAAUAAUGAUCAAAGCGGAUCAGAUCAAGAAGAACAAGAGAUUUCAGAUGAGGAGAGGAUCUAAACUUACAAGAAAAACUAGCAUAAUAAAAGGUCAAUGGACUUCAGACGAAGAUAGGCUCUUGAUGCAAUUAGUGGGGCUUCAUGGGACUAAAAGAUGGUCUCAGAUAGCUAAGAUGCUUCAAGGACGUGUAGGAAAACAAUGCAGAGAAAGGUGGCACAACCAUCUUCGUCCUGAUAUCAAGAAAGAUGGUUGGAGCGAACAAGAAGAUAGAAUAUUGAUCGAAGCCCACAAAGAGAUUGGGAACAGAUGGGCUGAGAUUGCCCGAAAACUCCCUGGACGCACUGAAAAUACAAUCAAGAACCAUUGGAACGCGACUAAACGCAAACAGCACUCAAGGAAGUUUAAGGGGAAAGAUGAAGUUUCCCUUGCACUCGGCAGCGAUACUCUUCAGAACUAUAUUAGAUCUGUUACCUAUAAUGAUGAUACUUUCAUGACCACAACCUCUAAAUCAAACACAAACAAUGGUCGGAAAAACAUGAGAGGUAAAGGUAAAGCUGUUAUUGUUUCUGCAUCAGGCUACGAUAAGAUAGACGAUGAUAAUGAAUGUACGUAUAUCGUUGAUGGUGUGAUGAACUUGAAUUUGGACAAGUCGGCCACUUGUGUGUCAAAGUCAACGUCUGCAUCUGGUUCUACGGUUGGGUCAGGAAGUGGUGUAACCGAGGUUGAUGAACCGAUGGCAGAUAGUUGGAUGGUGAUGCAUGGAUGUGAUGAAGUUAUGAUGAAGGAGAUUGCUUUGCUGGAGAUGAUCGCUCAUGGUCGUAUUUAG